AGGCGGAGAGAAGACCUUGUUCGGCUGGAAACGCAACACGGCGCGGGAGCGGCGGGCGGCGGGGCCGGCGGGAGCAGAGUCAGUAGAGCGACCGCUAUCGUUGUCGUGGUCACACGUUUGAGGAAACGUUUUUCCCCGCGAACGCUCGUGCUCCCAACCCAUCGCGACCAACUCCCCCGAGCUCGUCGUAGCGAUAUUUUUUUUUAACAGUAUGUCAGACUGGGACACCGCGCCUAUCACUCUUCGCAAGCGCGUCCCGAAGUCAUCCACGCUAAAAACGGAGAAGGCGGUCAACGACGCUCGGCGGCAGGGUUACACCGUCGAGACACAAGCAAAAUGGGGUGGUGGUGCAAACAGACAACAUGUAACUACAAAGAACACAGCUAAAUUAGAUCGUGAAACGGAGGAAUUAAAGCACGAUCAAAUUCCACUCGAACUUGGCAAACUUAUCCAGCAAGGACGACAGAGUAAGGGAAUGUCGCAAAAAGAUCUGGCUACGAAGGUAAACGAGAAGGCGCAAGUCAUUAAUGAUUACGAAGCCGGACGUGGAAUACCGAACCAGAUGGUAAUUGGCAAAAUCGAGCGAGUACUUGGAAUUAAAUUGCGCGGUAAAGAUCGCGGCAAACCGCUAACGGCCCCCGGGACGAAGAAGUGAAUCUCGGGGGGAAGCAAUGUCUAUCUUUCGAUCCUUAUAUACUGUUCCCAUGGAAGAACUAUGAGAAAGACGGUAGAAACGGAACGCAACAAAAAAAAAAGAAUUCCCUACCUUCUUUUCCUUUGGUUAUAUGGAUAUUGAACAGUAAAAACUGGGUUAUAAUUAACUUGUCUUCAUGUAUGAAAUAAAAGAAAGUUAUUUUAGGAUAUCACAAAUACGUAUGGAGUAACACACGGUUACGUACAAGUGCAUACAUAGUGUAACGUUAAACAAGGCUUAUUGAGUUACCUUUGCGCGUAAUCGUUUGUUAUAGAUUUUUAAGUGUACAUUACUAAUGCUAAUCAUGAGGUAAAUGCGAAACAUGUUUGAAUGACAAAAUAAAAUUCUUAAUUUAUGGUAAAGUA